AUGUCCAAACAGGCCAGAAAAGCUCUGCAGGACUCGAAUGCGCCACAGCCUCCGAUGAAUGUCUGCAACGGAACCUGGACUAGCAUUGUAAGGAGUGUCGACCCCGUUGGCGCGGUGUCGGUCAAGCGCUACGAGUGGGAUCGCACUUCCCUCCAACCCUAUUCCAAGUCCCGCAAGCUAUAUGGCGAGCGGAAGUUCUCCAAGCCGCACCCUGCAAAGCCACCAGCUAUAUCCUUCCUCGACCUGUCACCAGAAUUGCGCAAUAAGAUUUAUGAGCUUGCGCUCGUCCUCGAUCCAGCUUACGUCGAGCUCUCUGCUAAGACCACCGUCUUCUGGGAAGGCAAUGAAAAAGCUCGCGAACAUCAUCUGAAGCGGUAUAAGUAUGACAUCCAGCGCCGUCUCCGCUUUCUCCGAGUCUGCAAGCAGGUCUACGAGGAAGCAUCACCCAUUUUCUACGGCCAGAACGAGUUCCGCUUCACCAGCGUCAAGGGAUGUCCACGACUUCAAAUCCAACGACGAACCCGAGUCUUGGAUAUGCAGCUCACCAUCCUCACUGAGAUGGGACUCAAACCACGAAAAGGCUGGAAGCAAUUCAACCAGCUCGCGAGCGUCAAGCGCGUCAAACAGAUUCUCGAGAAUCAUGCUACGCUCAAAUCCUUCAAUCUAGUGAUCCCAGAUAGUUUCCACCCAGUCUACGAAACACACGUCUACAACUACGACGGCGGUUUCUCUGAUUCUGGCUUUGUUUUGGACAAGAGAAAAUUCGAGGGCCUCCAAAUCAAGCUUAUCACACUUCAAGGCAAGCUUCGUUGUGCAGUGGGAAGGUCAGAUCGAUCCGGUCUUCGAGCGAGCUUCAGUCUUGGCUACACAUCCUCCAAUCCGCCGUAUGGCUAG